GUGCAUGCGAGCACGCCACAGACGUACCUGCUUACCUGAACUCCAUGCAAAGCUUCAAGCGUUUUUGAGAGGGGGGAGGCAACAGGAUAUCCCUGUAGAGAGUACCAAUAACAGUUGCAUCUUUGUGAAACCGUGAAUUGCUGCUUCAGGUCUGUUUUUGUGCGUUGUUGACGGUGUGAGGGCCACCUACAGAGGCUCUUGGGGACGCUCAUGUAACGUUCGCGCAUCUCGCCAUCGACAGCUUACGGAGAGAAGCCCAGCUGAUACGGGACGUAUGGUGCACUGGAGAGGACGUAUACAUUGCCCAGCACCUUGCCCAUCGCAUGAUUCGUGAAAAUGAUAGAUCACCAGCCGCUUCCACGCAGCUGCAUUGGAAACAACAGGACAGAGGCAACUAUCAUCGCUUCUUCUCACGGCGUCAAGCACAGGUACAAGAACUCGAAUCUCAAGCGCUUAUCCUGGAACAGGAACUCCACAGCCUGCUCUCCUCUUCGUCAGGCCCUGAGACAGAACCGCCGCCUGAUUUCGAAUCAGCGACGGUGCAAUCUCACCCACCUACGAUGGGUAAAAGGAAAGCAAAACAGAAACAUCUGUUCCAGGACACUGGCGCGUACCCAGGCGAAAGCGGCUCAAGAGGCGCACCUAGGACGUGGCCUAGGUCUCUUUGGCUAACACAUGUGGGGGAGUUCCCGCUGGUCAAGGCUGCUGGCCUUGCGCCCGCCCGAGGUCCUGAGACUCUCACCAGACAACUGGCUCAGCGACAGAGAGACCGCCGAUCAGAACAAGUGACUGCGUCUUCUUCAACAACAGUCAAACGCGCGCCACAGGCUUCAGGCGAACAGGUACCAGCACGUCGAGAACCAGUUCGCUCCAGCACUCUCCACCGCAGCCCAGCCCCCUCCGAAACGAAAGGUACCUCUGGCGGGAUCGAGGCACCCCCCUCCAAAAAAGCACGGCUCCUUCCGUAUUUAUCAGCUCAAUCCGCUGCAUCCCUGCCAUCGCCCCCGACUCUUGUCUCUCCGCUUGGGCCCCAGUCGUCGACGUCAACGGAGGGCCGAGGGCCGCCUCAAGACCCGACGCUGUCUCAGGGCUCGGCCUCCCCUCAGGAGGUUUCUCGAUUGACCGCCCCUCCUCCCCUGGCACACCCCGCAACGUCUGCUGCUAUGCGUGAGCUGACUCGAUAUCUGUCGCUGCCGCUCAAGAAGCGGCCCAUCCGUGAAGCUCCAUCUGCGCUGCACACGUCGCCCACCAACCCUCCAGGGAGCGAGGAAGGUAUCGUCACUAUCGGACCUCCUGUGGCAUCUGGCACUGAGCCUUCAAUCCACCAUCGAUUACCACCGACCACGGCGCCGUCGGACCCGGCGUCGGCGUCAGCCACUGCCCCUAGUGAACAUCUCCGGAUACACCCUCGCCCUUCAGAUCCCUAGUGAAGUCAUGUUUCAUGCGUCACAACGAGACUAUCGCUCACGGCCUGGUCAGUGACCUGCUAGCGGGGAUAUGGUUUGUUCCUGGCUGCUUUACCGCUAUACACGAGAGACAUGUGUGCAACCUGACUCGGUGUGGCGCGCAACGUGCGAUUUUUUUCCACUCGGUCCCAGCUUAUUUGGAAAGCGGUACCCGAAGCGGAACGGAGGAGCGGACUCCACCGAACGCAAUAUCGCAUGACAAGCGAGAUACCAGAGAAAAUUUUUCGGCCGGAGUUGCACGCAGAAUUUUUGUCCGGCGUUCCACCUCGCAGGAACUGGGCAGCAGCCAUCAAUGCACACCAACCCUCAGCUCAUUUGUACGUCCGGCAUACGCGUUUUCUCUUCGUCUACUGUUCCGGAGGAAAAACCCUGAUGUUCCCUGCCGAACCCGGUAUGUUCGUUGAAGGGACUAGUACUUGAUGUACGGCCCCUUGUCAGGGGUUUUUCAGAUUCUUGAAGCACUACGUGGUGCCAUAUUCAAAGGCACCACACGCAUGUACUUAAUUCGCGUGGAUGCAGAGCUCCAAGAGUGGCAAAGAGGGACGAGGUGGGACUGGCGCCUGGUUCACGAGGCGAGUCACUUUUUCUCCUCUGCGCCAGAGAGUGCUAGUCGGAUCGGGGCAUAGUGGGCGUCUAUUUGCGUGACAGGUGCACACGUCUCCAGAGCUGAAAAUGAAGAAAACCGGUGAAUAGAGCUGUGGCCGGAAAUCAUUGAUCUUCACGCGGAGGGCUUCGUGUCGGGGUAUUUCACACUGCGAGGGAAUACGAUUCCAUCAAAUCGUCGCUCCCUACUCGUAUGUGUGGGACAUGGAGUGGCCAGCACAUUGAUCUGCACACAUGCCAUCGACGGGCAACCGCUCGCAGCAUCGGUGAGGACGGGACGGGUGUAGUUUUCCUAAUGUCGCAGUGCUUUACACCGGCACCCUAGACUUAAGGUAAACAUGUGCAACAGUACCCGUAGGGGGGGAACGCACGGAUAUUGCCAUUUGCUAUCCGACCGACCUGACUUUUGUGAAUUCUCAUCACGUGAUACUCGUCUCAAGCGGCAAAAUCGCGUGGAGAAGUGUGGGUGUUCAGUGGCCAAGAGCUAAAAGAGAACAGUUGUGUCGUGCAGUUCUCAGUGGAGCUCAUGAUGAAGGUCGACGGAAUUAUGGUUAUCCUUCAGGUUUACAUAUCCAAUGAGAGGAUUUAACAAUGUUCAAACGUGCGGGUAUGAUGUUGCUCUUGUCUAAUCUCUGCAGCGUUGAUCGUGGCAACCGAUAUUGUUUACUGACCUGAGACUACGUUGGGAAUAGUACCCGGUUUUAGAUUUGGCACGGAUUUCACCGUUCUUGAAGUCCUUGCGUUGAAGUCAGAAUUAUCUUUUGUUCGUUCGAUGGCAACGACACUAACACACGCGUGUCGAAUACUCUUUGUGGUACGACCUCCAUGUGACAUUGACGCUUAAUCGCUUUCAUCGAGACUUUACUUACUGGUCUUGUUUGUUACGUCAUGAGGGGGGCGGUGCCAGAAUGAAGGAUGGUGCAGUGAAGGGUCGGCUUCGAUUCUGACAAGAAUGUGUCUAAAUGCGAGACCCUCAGUAUGGGCAGGUUAUUUGUAGUUGUAGCAGAGUAUGGAGGAGAGCAAUCCGUGAACGAGGCGCUGACUGAGACGCCGUUCAGAUGUGGGAGAGCAAGCCGAGUAAGCAAAGCCCGUUACUGUAGAAUGGGCGGAGCUCAACUUUUGUUAGCGCGAGUCUAAAGGUUUUGUUGCCAAUUCUCACGUCGCAGUCUGACGCUGUGGAGCGAUCAGAGGCUGUCUUCUGGAGAAACAGUGUGUAAUCGGAUUCAUGGUGAUACACCCGAGUCUUCGUGUCUUUGUUGAAGACCUCCGCGUGUCGUGCACUGAAUUACGAGCACCACUCCCUGAUCUAGCGUAUCGCUGUCUACAUUCCUUCGGUAGAAUGAGGUCGCUUACAAGGCUGUCACGGAAAAUCCGUUCAUGGUUAAGCAAAGAAGCUGAUACUGAGGAGUUUACAGGGUGGCAAUGACACGGCUACCAACCUGAGCCUUCCUGCUCAAAGGGUGACUGAAGUUCCCGCAACAUUCGAAGAACACGAAUGGUUACGAAGAGAGAACGGAAAACGCUGGAUGACGGAAGUGAAGAUCACAAAAGGCAUACACAACGUCGGAAGAAGAUAGCAGACGAGCGAUUGCAACAGCGAGAAGAGGGAUCAUGACGAAUAUAGCUGCAAGUCGAACGGCUACCUGCAGUGUCACUCGUCUGUUCACGAAAGCAUCACGUUUGCCUAGCUUUAUAUCAUGGAACAUCACAUAAUCCGUUAUAUGUAUGUGUAUCGACAUCCUGUCUACACAUACGUCAAAGCUGCAUGCAUGCAUAUGUAGGCGCAUGCUAAAUUGCCUGUUUAGUUUUAUCCCUUUCUCGUAGCGAGCAGCAGGAAUCAACGAGUGCGCGGUAACACAGCUAAGCUGGGAACGAACGGC